AUGAAUUCUCGUUAUAACGACUUAUCUCUCUGUGCUUCUGGUAUAGGAUGUAGGGUAGUUCGAGGACCAGAUUGGAAAUGGGGAAAUCAGGAUGGUGGAAAUGGUCAUGUUGGUUCCCUUCGGCGUUUUGAAGCUCGCGGUGAAGCGGUUGUGUUGUGGGACAGUGGUAUUGUUGCAAAUUAUCGUUGUGGCGCACUUGGUUUUGAUUUGCGAGUUCUCGAUAGCUCUCCAACAGGUAGGCGCCAUUUGGAUACCAUCUGUGAAGGAUGUAACGAGUCUCCAAUCUAUGGCAUUCGGUGGAAAUGUAUGCUCUGUCUUAAUGUUGAUCUCUGCUCUUCUUGCUAUCAUGGCGAUAAGCACUGUCUCAGUCACCCUUUUCUUAGAAUAACUACACCACAUGGAGUCAGAGUUGCCGUAGGCCGACGGUCCAAGGCUCAGAAGACUGAUGCAGUUGGUCUCUUUCCUCGAGCCCGCGUCGUACGGGGUUUUGAUUGGCGCUGGGGAACACAGGAUUGUGCGACUGUCGUUCCAGCGACUAAUGUCAAUUCUGCAGGUUCAGGAACUUCUCUCACCAAUACACUGAUUCCCCAGACAACCACCACAGGCUCCUCUCUCACCAAUGCGGCAACUGAAACUGCCACUCCAUGCCAGGGGCGUAUUGUUGAUCGUAGAGACUGGUUUCAAUGGGCUCCCAAAUCGGCUGUAUCGGUGGCGUGGGAUUCUGGUGCUUAUAAUGUUUAUCGUGUUGGAUAUAUGGGCAUGGUGGAUCUCAAGGCUGUUAGACCAGCUAAAGGAGGUUCAUACUAUGCCGAGCACCUACCACUUCUGGGUGACCUACGCGAUUUGCCCUCCCAGUUGGAAAUGGAAAUCAAUACACCUUCAGCAUCCAUCGCUAUUCCCCAAGUGCCUUCUCAACCGACCGAUAACAUUGUUUGGACAGCUCCACCUCGAAAUCGCAAUCAACACGCUCACACGGAGGCCUAUGAAGACUCCGGCAUUAUUGACUCAGGGGAUCGGAUCCCUUUGACAGAUGCAGAAGGAGGUGCCCGACCCAGCUCGGUUCCGAUCCAACGUCCGCGAGCCAGUGGUGGUGGAACGAAUUCAAAUACCCGAACACUUCUCUCCGAUCUCUUCUGUGCUGGAGGGGGUGGAGGGGCAUCGGCAACUUCGGAGGAUGGAAUUGUACCUUCUGCCGCAAGUUCACCACCUGUUAUUACAUCUAGGCCCUCUACGACAGUUCGAAAUAGGACUCAGUCUGGACUGUCACCCGGAUAUCGUUCGUCUGCUUUGAGACUUAGGCCGGGAGCGGUUAUACAACUUAGAUUGAGAUCGAUGGUGAAUGAAAAUGCUAUUGCAACGGCCACUGCGCCUGGAUCUGAGUAUCUCUCACUGCCGAGUGUGGUUGAACGUGUGGACGAUAGUAAUGGGUCGGUAGUUCUCUUAAUUCCUCAAACAGGCCAACGGUUCACUCUGACGAGUUCAGCUACAGCCAAUUGUCAACACCAGCAGCCAGCUUCAGAACGUAUGGUUUCUCGUCAUGCUUCAGCCAACACCUCCCUUCUCACUCGAAUGCGCCGCCGUGAUUCUUAUGCAAGAGCAGCAGCAGCUGCUGCUGCCACUUCUACUGGUUGCGAAGGUAUUGCAACUGUUGGCGAGACAGGUCUGGUCGAAAAUCAACAGUCUCAGGAAACUUCGACGCAGCCUAGUAAUCAGCAAGAUGGUCAUGAAUCAUCUAUUAGUAGAAGCCUUUUGAAACAAUCUACUAAACAAGUGGCAGAAGAACUGAUGUUCGCUGCAGCAGAGGGAAAUGUUAAGAAAAUCACCUGGCUUAUUAAACAUCGGGAGAUCGACGUGAACACACAUUAUGCGGGAGCUACAGCUCUUCACGUUGCUUGUCAAUCAGGACAUCUCAAUUGUGUGGAUGUUUUACUACAGCACGGAGCAGAUUGUCGUGAACGAGAUGCCGAUGGUAACCAAGCCCUUCACGCUGCAGCUCAAGGUGGUGCACUUCCAGUACUUCGCCGUAUUGCUGCCACAUUGAGCCUUCUCGUAGAGCGCGAGCCCCAGCCAUCGAGUUCAAAUUCAACUGCACCUCAAGAAUUAACACUGCCACCAGACGUAAAUGCCCGAAAUGCUCUUCGACAAACUCCACUGCACCUGGCUACUGUGGGUCGUCAUAUCGAUUGCGCUCGUUCACUACUAGAAGAAUUUAAUGCUCUUCCCAGUUUGCAGGUUAGUUUACCCAUCUGA